AUGCUGCCACACGGAGUAUCUUCAAAAAAAUCUAAAAUAGGUGAUGUUGUGUCAGAUCACCUUUGGGUAAUUUAUGUAUCUCGUAAACAAUUUGAGAAGAUAUGCGAUCAGAUGAAGGUUUUGUUAACAACUCAAUAUUGUAAAGAGAAAAUAUGGGGACACAAGAGUGUGAAGAAGUGUGGAUUUCGUUUGGUGCACGAGCAAGAUGUGGAACAACUCAACCAGAUCAUGAUGAACAAAUCCAUCAUCAAGAGCACUACUACUUGUCCUACCAAAUCAGCUGAUGAACAAGGUCAACAACGUCACGAUGACGAGGAGGCUAGUCCUAGUAGAAGUUCCGCUCUCACAAAAAAUCUCUCUUCUGCAAUACCUAUGCUCUUUCCGAAGAGGCAGACUUAA